CCCGGCAGAUGUAAACAAAAGUCUCGCGAAACGUGCGCUUACUUCUCAGGCUCCUGAAUUUCAAUUCUUGUGAUUUUGUGCUUAUAAAAUAAUAACAGUUAUAUUUUUCUCAAUUAGUUAGUUGUGAUAGUAAAACCAGGAUUGCAAUGAGUUCGUGUGUUAUAUCGGAGGUUGCAGGUUUAAAACCGGAACGGGAUAAUCCAGUUCUAUUGGGUUUCCAAAACGCUGAAAUGGGCUACAAGGACGACACGAAGAUGCAGUGCUUUCGAGCGGAAGACACGAACCGGGCGACAGAGGACUCCUACGAAAGUGAACCCCAUAAAUCAUCGCGAAUGGCACUUGUCGUCUCCGAGCAGCAAGUUUACCGUGGUUAUCUAGGUGAAGACGUGGACGCGGAUCGGCUCAACACGUACGUCGCCGUUCGGAACAAGACAACCGGCAAAAUGCGCCUGAUCCAGGUUGAGACCUGCACGAUGCUGCACUCCUGCUAUGAUGAGGCCGAUGAGAGAAAAUUCCAGAACGCUAGCGACGAAGUCGACCUAACGAUGCAGCGGAAGUUCGCUGGUAAAGCCGGAUUGCGAGCGCUGGAUCGGAUGGCUCGUUCCGGUAGCAAUUUGGAUGUUCUGAACGAAACCAUUCACGAUUCCGUACAGACUUUCGACGAUGAACGUUUUGAAGAGGACAAUCAGUUCGCCAAGGGUAAACUAGAGCGAGAACUUAUGCUGGCAAGCAUCAAACCUCCUCGAAACCCGAAAGCGCAAACGCCAGCUGAACUGUAUCAGAUCGAGGACAUGGUUUCUGAAGUUGUUCUACGACAGUUGAAAACGGUUGCAUUGGACCUAAUGCAGAAGGACCCGGAAACACUGAGCAUGGCGAACAUUUACCUCACAAACAAGGUAAAAGCAGCACUCCAAUCGAAGGAACCAGAUUCCGAAGAGAACAUUGAGGUGAUUAUUACUUGCCUGGUGAUGGACGCUCUCUGCCAUCUGAUAGAGUUGCGAAGUCGAAGUCUGACCCUGGCUAAGCUGUCCACCUUCAGCAAAGAGCUAGACGCAGAGCUGAAGCGCACGUUUGCCCAAGCCAAUCAUCACAAGCAGCUAAAGACGAAACACACGGAACACAAGGCGCUCAGCCACUAUUUGGCGCUGGCUUUCGCGCUAGAAAAAUGCGUACUUCUGGUGGACCAAAUUCACGCCGGCCUGAACAUUCCGAAGAACGAUUUGGUCAAAUUUGCCGUCUUCAUAGGGGGAACAUACAACUCGACGAAGAACACGCUCACGCUUAGGAUGACGGAUGAUUCCGAGGGUAAGAACAGCUUGGGCAGGUCCUUCGUGGGCAAGAGGCGAUUCGGAAGAGGUAAAAAAUGAGAUCAUACUUUUUUGGAAAUAUAUUCUAAAAGGAGUUGCUUCCUUUUUUUAUUAAAAAUA